CUAAUGUGUUCCCUGGGAAUCGAACCAACAACCUUUUACGCUGCUAACGCAAUGCUCUACCACUGAACCACAGGAACACAAAAUGUUGAAUAAACAGUUAACACUGUUUUAAUGCAUUCAAGUGCAAAUAUACUGUAGUUUAAAGGAGCUGGAUACUAUUUUUGAUGUUUUAUGGCUUUUUUUCAAGAUUUAGACACCGAUAAACAGUAUUCAGAUUUGUAGAAAGGAAGACAAGAAAUAGAAAGAAGGACAUGCAAAAACAAACAAACACAAACAAACAAAAUAUUUUGUUUGGAUGUCAAAAGAGUGUGUGGGUCAAGGAUGCUUUUCUGCUUUAGUUUCUGUGCCUUCUUUUGUUUUCCGACCACUCUCUUCUUCCAGGGAAUCGUGGUUGUGGUGUUUCUCUGAGUGUUUUUCAUGUCGUCCAGUGAUGUUUACAGGAAAGCUGACCCUUCUUUUGUCCAGUCACAGAUUGACCCGAAAGUUGCCUUCCCGCGACGAGCCCAGCCUAAGUUGGUGACUCGGACAAAGAAAAUCUUUGUUGGAGGUCUGUCGGUGAACACUACUAUUGAAGAUGUAAAGCAGUACUUUGACCAGUUUGGAAAGGUGGAUGACGCCAUGCUUAUGUUUGACAAAACCACAAACAGGCACAGAGGGUUUGGAUUUGUGACCUUUGAGAAUGAAGAUGUGGUGGAGAAAGUCUGUGAUAUCCACUUUCACGAAAUUAACAACAAGAUGGUGGAGUGUAAGAAAGCCCAGCCCAAGGAAGUGAUGUCACCCACAGGCUCUUCAAGAGGUCGUGCGCGUGUCAUGCCCUAUGGGAUGGACGCCUUCAUGCUUGGCAUAGGAAUGCUGGGUUAUCCAGGGUUCCAGGCAGCAACAUACGCAAGUCGUAGCUAUACUAGUCUGACCCCAGGAUACACAUAUCAGUUCCCUGAAUUCCACUUAGAGAGGACCCCCCUUCUGACAUCACCCCACCCCUCUGAGCUCACAGCCAUUCCUCUAACGGCGUACAACCCCAUGGCGGCAGCCGCAGCAGCAGCAGCUGUGGUCAGAGGCUCAACUCCUUCUCGCUCAGCUGGGUUUUUAGGUACCAGCAGCCCUGGGCCGAUGGCAGACCUGUAUGGAGCGGCCAAUCAGGACUCGGCCAUCAGUAGCUAUAUCAGCGCUGCAAGUCCCGCCCCCAGCACUGGAUUCAGCCACAGCCUCGGGGGCCCUCUGAUUGCUACAGCAUUUACUAACGGCUAUCACUGAAAUGAGUGACAGCUGAAAUAGUAUUCAUGCUUCUGACGUCUUCCCUACAUCUUAAGGAAGGAUUUUUGAAGUAUAUUG